AUGCAGACUCUAGUCCAGUUUGUGUGUCACUUUCAGUUCCCAUUUGUCUGGUGAAGUCAGCUCAGUGGCGUUGUGUUUUUUAGUGAAGCAAUAAGAAAAGGUUUAACAUCCAUUACAAACUUUAAGAACAAAGGUUCUCAUGCUGCCUUGUUGAGGAUGGACGGAUAUGCCAUAUCAUCUGAGUCAGAGGAAAAUGUUCCAAGUGAACCAGAAAAUUAUCGUCCCCAUGGAGAGCCGUACCCUUAUCUCACUACCGUGGCGGAGAUUUACGAAGACCACAGAUGGACCUUGCACUCGGAGCGUGUCCAUGCGGCAGACUUUGAGAAUUCUCCAUUGAAUCACCUCAUUGAGCUUCAGUCUGUGUCCCCUCAACAACUGGUGCAACCAACUUACCGCUACAGCAGCGAGUCUAUGCCCCUUCACCUGGACCCCCCCUUGUUGCCCCUCUCGGUUUCACCACAAAUCCCGUAUUACACCCCAUCCCUGUGCUACCCGUACCAGCCCCCUGCCUCGCCUGGACAUUACUACUCAGAAGAGGAACAAAGAGGAAUCAGCCAUCCACUUGAGGUAUCAGAUGGGGAGGAAUUCGAAGACCACAACCACCCCUCCUUUAGGAAAGACAUUAGCAACAAGAAGAAAAUCCGCUUGUACCAGUUCCUCUUGGACUUGCUGAAAAACGGUGACAUGACUGAUAGUAUCUGGUGGGUGGAUCAGGAAAGGGGCGUCUUUCAGUUCUCCACUAAACACAAAGAAGCCCUGGCCAGCCACUGGGGUACUCAGAAAGGAAACCGCAAAAAGAUGACCUACCAAAAAAUGGCUCGAGCUCUGAGGAACUAUGGUAAAUCUGGUGAGAUUAUAAAAGUAAAGAAAAAGCUUACCUACCAGUUCAGUGAGGAGGUGCUGAGGAACGUCUAUUUACGCCAGUAUCCUCACUGAUGAGGGAACACAGGCGGCCUCUCAUCCAAUGUAAUCACUGAACUAGCCAACAUUGGGUUUUUCCUCUGCAACUUCACUUCGUUUUUCUACCAAGUCUUUUACUUAUUUAUUUUUGAUGACAGUGUAAAUCCUCUACCACGCCACUCGCCGACAAACAUCUUCAUUUUAGACUCAAAUUGAGUUCGGUCUUGUAAAUUUAAGGGUUUUUGCACAAUAAUUAAAGGAUUCUUAAACAUCAGGAACAACAAAUAAAACAAAUACUAUAAUAAUUUG